AGUUGUAGUCACAGUUUUCUAGUGUGUGUAUUAUUUCUUUUUAGGUCCCCAAAGAGCAGAAUGAGCCCAUAAUUUCUCAAAUGAAAAUGGAAUAUAGAAAAAGACCAAAGGAGGUGACCAACAAGCAAGACCAAAGAUCACAUUGGGAACAAAAAACUCCACAAGAUCAGAACCCUCCCCCAAAGAAGACCAUUAUCAUCACCUUCGGCACACACCAGGCAACAUUUGAAGUCACAGAUAGGGAGACACGUAGUUUAUAUGAGGCACUCAACACCCUUGACCCUGUCAAAAGAGAGACAGAAAGACAGCCAGGCAAAGAAAUGCUGGUGUAUGGCAACGGAGGAAUAGAAGGGUUCAUAAACCUUGGCAUGCCCCUCCGCUGUUUUCCGGAAGGCAGCCAUGUGGUCAUUACCUUUUCCAAAACUGAAAGUGAGGAGAAAGAAGAUAAUAAAGUGUGUGGUCGCUUUGACCAGUCAUCUGCUGAGUGUGUUGUAUUUUACAUUCAUGCAGUCGGGAGUAGGGAGCAAAGGAUCCUGAGGUGCAGGGAACUUGACAAGGAGGGGACCAAAGUCUGUGUGUAUGGCUUCCAAGGAGAGACCAUCAAGGCCACUCUGAGGAAGGAUGGCAGGUUUCAUUCCUUUGUGGAGAGUGACCAUUGGAAACUCAUUCACAAUGAUACCACCAUAGCAAACACCCAGCCGGUUGAUGUGUUACAGGGCAAGCUCUUUCAGAUUGAGGUUGAAAGAAAGAAAUGCCCUUGGGCAGUAGCAGCAACUCAGAAUUCUGAGUUAGAGGACAGAAACUUCAGUGAGUUAAAAGGAUACAUUGUGAAUUUGUACCCCACACUGAAAAGAGAACGGGAAAAACUGAGAGCAUACAUCAAGGAAGAAAGUGAGAAAGGAAAGAAAACUAAUGUAUUCAAAGCACAUAGAGCAAACUUCAGGAAGCUGACCCAAAACUCCACCCCAGGUAAAGUCUUCAAACUUCUUUCACAGCUCAGUGACUCAGUUGGGCUCCUAGUUUGGGACAACAAUGGAAACAGGGGUAGUGCCACAUGCUUUGUUUUUAAAGGGUUGUACGUUUUCACCUGUCGACAUGUAAUAAAUGACAUUGUAGGGGAUGGUGUAGAGCCAAGUCAGUGGGCAGAUAUACUUAGUCAAUGUGUAAGAGUGACGUUUGAAUAUCAAGUGUUCCCCAUAAAAGAAGACAGCUAUUGCUCUGUUGAACCUUGGUUUGAGGUGUCUGAUGUAACUCUUGAUUAUGCUGUCCUGAAACUGAAAGAAAGUGGACGGCAUUUUCCUACAGGACUCUGUAAUGGAACACCUUCUGAAUUACUUAGUGGGUUUGUGUAUAUGAUUGGUCAUCCAGAUGGAAAGUAUAAGGUUGUUGAUGGUUGUACUCUGGUUCCUGAAAAUGAGCAAAGAAGGAAAAGUGAGGGCAUUCAGGGAAAAGGAGCAGUGGGUGGCAGUGAUCCCAUGCGGUAUAUCUAUAUGUAUACCCAAAGAAGUUUCCAGAAGAACAUCCAUGAACCUCGUGUGGUUACCGGGGAUAACACUUUUUAUUGUGGGUCUUCUGGAUCUCCUGUAUUUGAUGCUAGAGGAUCACUGGUAGCCAUGCACACUGCUGGCUUCAUUUGUGAGUAUGCAAGUGGGGUUUCCAGUGUCAUUGAACUGGGCUCCUCAAUGAAACACAUCCUUGAUGAUAUUAAGGAAAACCAUGAAACAUGGUACAAUGAAAUUUGUGUAUUCAAAGGACUGUAGAAAUACUGCGUCUAGAAGCCUGAGGACUAUAGAGAAUUCGGUCAGUUUCCUGUCUUUAAGGCAGUUGCCUGUGCAUUGGUUUUCUGUAGGCAAUGAAAAUAUUUUUUAAACUUUUAAAUGUUGAGUUUAUUUCAUAGACAAUUGAUGUUUUACUCUAUUUCCUACAUAUACCAUGCAUUUUUAAUUGAAAAUAAUUAUUUAUUCAUUUUAAUACCAAACACAGAUUCCCCUCUCAUCCCUCCUCCCUUCCACUACUCCUGCCUUCUCACAUUCCCUUGUCCAUUCUCACUUUUUAUCCCCUCCCCCAACAGGGGAAGUUCUCCCAUUAGGGGACACCUAAGCCUGGUAUAUUCAGUUGAGGCAGGACCAAGCCCCCAACCACUACAUCAGGGUGAGCAAGGUGUCUGACCAUAAGCAAUGGGAUCCCAAAACCCAGCUCAUGCACCAGGGAUAAAUCCUGAUCACACUGCCAGGGGCCCCUCAAACAAGCCCAGCUACACAACUGCCUUCUGUAUGCAGAAGUUCUAGUCCACUUCCAUGCAGGUUCCACAACUAUCGAUCUAAAGUUCGUGAGUUCCUUUGAGCUUGGUUCAAUUGUCUCUGUAGAUUUCCCCAUCAUGAUCUUGACCACUCUUGCUCGUAUAAUCCCUCUUCUCUCUCUUCACCUGGACUCCUGGAGCUCGGCCUGGUGCUUGGUUGUGGAUCUCUGCAUCUGCUUUCAUCAGUUCCUGGAUGAAGGUUCUAUGAUGACAGUUAGAGUAUUUACCAAUAUGAUUACCAGGGUAGGCCAGUUCAGGCACCCUCACCACUAUUGCUAGUAUUUUAAUCUGAAGUCAUCCUGGUGGAUUCCCAGGCAUUUCCCUAGCACCCCAUAAUGUCUCCCUCUAUCAAGAUAUCUCUUUCAUUGCUCUCUCACUCCAUCCCUCCCCCAGCUCGACCAUCCCAUUCCCUCAUGUUCUCAUCCUCCAUCCCGUUUACUGUAUAUACCACCAUUUUUAAUAGAUAAUAAUUUUUGUACAAUAUAUUCUGAUGAUGAUUUCUCUCCCUCCACCUCCUCCCAGAUUCUCUCCACCUUCCCACCCACUCAAAUCCACACCACAAUUUUUUCUAUCUCUUAUAGGAAAACAAACAGGCGUCUAAAAGGAUAAAAUAAAAUGAAACACAACAAAACAGAAUAGGACCAAACAACCAGAAAAAGAGAGACACAGAAAAAGCACAAGAAACACAUACAGAGGCAGAGGCAUACAUAUUCACACACAAAGAAAUAUUGUAAAAGUAUAAGUCAGCUAACACCCACCUAUAAGCAAAUACGUACCAUAUUUGUCUCUUUGGGUCUGGGUUACCUCACUAGGAUGAUUUGUUCUAGCUCUAUUCAUUUACCUGUAAGUUUCAUAAUUUGAGGUGUUUUUUUAAACAGCUCAGUAAUAUUCCAUCGUGUAAAUAUAGCAUUUUCUUCCUCCACUCACUUGUUGAUGGACAUCUGAACUGUUUCCACCUGAACAUGGUUGAUCAAGUGUUUCUGUAGUAGGAUAUACAGUCCUUUAGGUAUAUGCCCAGGAGUGGGAUGGCCAGAUCCUGAGGUAGGCCUAUUCUCAGCUUCCUGAGGAACCUCCACCAAGUUUUUCCACAGUGCUUGUACAAGUUUACAUGUCAGCCAGCAGUGAAUGAGUGUUUCCCUUACACCACAUUCUCAAUAGAAUGAGCUGUCACAUUUUUAAUUGAACAUGGCCAUUGUGACUGGUAUAAGAUGAAAUCUCAAAGUAGUUUUGGUUUGCUUUUCCCUGAUGACUAAGGAUGUUGGCCAUUUGUAUUUCAUCUUUUGAGAACUCCCCAUUUAUAUCUGUACUGUUUUUAAAUGGGUUCUUUUUCUUGAUGUAAAUGGUUUUUGUCUUUUUUAGCAUACACACACUCACACACACACACACACACACACACACACACACAUAUAUAUAAUUUUUAUAAGCUUUCAAGUUCAGUGAGGUCUCACUUUUUAUUAUUCUUAGUGCCUGUGCUAUUAACAUUCUGUUCAGGAAAUUUUUUCCUGUGCUAAUGAGUUCAAGAGUUUUCCUCUCUUUCUUUUCUAUUAGAUUCAGGGUCUCUAGCCUUAUGUUAUUCAGGGUCUCUAGUUUUAUGUUGAGGUGUUCGAUCCAUUUGGAGUUGAGUUUUCUUCGGGGUGAUAAAUAUGGAUCUAUUUGUAUCCUUCUAUAUACAGACAUCCAUAUGACUAGCAGUAUUUGCUGACAAUGCUGUGUUUUCUGCAGUGUGUAUUUAUAGGUUAUCUAUGAAAAACCAGGUACCCAUGAGUGUGUGGACCUAAAUCUAAGUCUUCAAUUCUAUAUUCCAUUGAUUUACAUGUCUGUUUUUAUGCCAAUAUCAUGCCAUUUUUAUUACUAUAGCUCUGUAGUAUACUUUGAGGUCAGGCUUGGUGAUAUCUUCAGAAUUUCUUUUAUUAUUCAGGAUUGUUUAAGCUAUCCUGUUUUUUUUUUUCUUUCCAUAUGAAGCUGAAAAUUGUUCCCGAAAUUGCUUUUGGUCAUACUAUUUUUGUUUGUUUGUUUGUUUGAUCACAGAGACAGAAUGGAAACUAAUUAGAACACCCAGACAUUCAACUCUUGAGUAAAGUCAUCAGCAAUAUUGUUCUGCUUAGUUCUGGGCUAACCCAGCUGAUUACUCCACAAAGCUAUCUAUCUCUAACCUUCAGUUGCUUACAGGGUCCUAAAGUCUUCACCUUCAUAUGGUCAGAGGCAACAAUGGAGAUUUAGUAAAGAAAGAAAACUUGGCAGAAAGAUGAUGAGACAUUGAUUAGUUUUGAAUAUUUUUAUCAAUUCUUUGAGAAUUCCAUGCAGUUUAUUUUGACCAUAUUCAUUCCUACUUGUUCCAGAUCCACCCCCACCUUUCUACCUACCCAAUUCUGUGUCCCUUCUCUUUCACAUUUAAUAGUCCAUGGAUUCCCAUCUGCUCUGUCCAUGUGAUUCUAAAUGUAGGCCUCCCACUGGAGUGUGGUCUACCUACCAAAGCCUCACCCUUAAAGGAACCUGGCCCUUCCUCCCCUAGAAGUCAUCGAGUGUACACAGCUUCAUAGGAGGAAUUGGGGCAGAGAUCAGUUAAUUCUAUUUCUGAGAGAUUCCUGGGUUUACUUAGAGUAAUGAUACCUGUCUUAGUUAGGGUUCCUCUUGCUGUGCUAAAACACCAUGAGCAAAAACAACUAGGGGGCGACAGGGUUUAUUUCAGCUGAUAACUUGUAGUCCAUCAGUCAGGAAAGUCAAGGCAGGAACCUGGAGGCGAGAACUGCAGCAGAAGUCAGGAAGGAAUGCUGCUUAGAGCUUGUUCUCAUGGUUGCUUAGUUUGCUUUCUUAUAUAACUCAGAACUGCUUGCCCAAAGGUGGCACUACCUGCAAUGGCCUGGGUCCUCCGGCACCAACAGCUGAUUAAGAAACAGCACCACAAGCUUGCCUACAUGCCAAACUCGUGGGGACAUUCUCUCAGGCGAGCUUCCCUCCUCCCACAGGACUUGAGCUCGCAU